ACGCUGUGUGUGUGAUAACCGAUGUUAUCAAUUGUUUUCGGACAACGUUGCGUUUCCAGAGGAAUUCCAUCGCAUCCACGCACUGGGGCCGGCACUUGCGGUUGUUUCGCAGUUGUCAGCGCGUUCUUCCCAAUAGUCUGCGGCAAACCGUUUUGAAAUGAAUUCUGCGUCGAUCGUUUGGUUCCUGGGACUCUGCUCCACGUACGUUUCGGCGUUCUACUUGCCAGGCUUGGCACCCGUCAACUAUUGCAAGGAAUCGGCUGCGUCAUGCACGAAUAAGAUUGAGUUCUUUGUAAACAGACUCAACUCUGAUGAAUCAGUCAUACCAUACGAAUACCACUACUUUGACUUUUGUACAUCUGAUGAAAGUAAAUCUCCAACUGAAAAUCUUGGGCAAGUUUUAUUUGGUGAAAGAAUCAGACCUUCUGGAUAUAAUGUCUCAUUUUUGAAUAACGAGGAUUGUAAAGUACUGUGUACCAAACGUUAUAUUCCUAAUGACUCAAUUAGUAACAUGAAGCUAUUUGUACUUAAGCGAGGAAUGAGUUUAAAUUAUCAGCAUCAUUUUAUUGUUGAUAAUAUGCCAGUCACUUGGUGCUACGAUUUAGAAGAUGGCCAGCAAUACUGUAGUACAGGAUUCCCAAUGGGUUGUUAUAAGCCAGCUAAUCAUGAUAACAAUUUAUGUGCAACUAUUCUUAGAGUUGUUCCACAAGCGCUGAAGCCAAAUACUUAUUAUAUUUUUAAUCAUUUAGAAUUUACUAUUACUUACCACAGUGGAAAGCACGAAGACUGGGGAUCAUCUUUUAGUUCGGAGGGUGGAAGAAUUAUAGCUGUAAAAGUGAGACCAAAAAGUAUACAACAUAAAUUUCCAGUCACUGGUUGUAAUACAGGAUUCAUGGAAAUUCCUGCUGAUAAAAUAAAUACUCCGUUGAAUAUAACAUAUUCCUACUCUAUUCAAUUUGAGAUGAACAACACUGUUAAAUGGUCUUCACGUUGGGAUUAUAUUUUGGAUUCUGUACCGCCUACUAAUAUUCAAUGGUUCAGCAUACUAAAUUCUUUAAUGAUAGUUAUUUUCUUAUCUGGUAUGGUAGCAAUGAUUAUAUUGCGUACAUUGCAUAAAGAUAUUGCUAGAUAUAAUCAGAUUGAUGCUGGUGAUGAUAUUAAGGAAGAAUUUGGUUGGAAACUAGUUCAUGGAGAUGUUUUUCGUCCUCCAAGAAGAGGAAUGUUGCUUGCAGUUUUUGUUGGCUCUGGAGUACAAGUUUUGUGUAUGACUGUUGUAACACUAGCAUUUGCGUGUUUGGGUUUUCUAUCGCCUGCUAAUCGAGGUUCACUUAUGACUUGUUCUUUAAUAUUAUUUGUAUGCCUUGGAACUCCUGCUGGUUAUGUAUCAUCUAGAAUUUAUAAGAGUUUUGGUGGCGAGAAGUGGAAGACAAAUAUAAUAUUAACUUCAAUGUUUUGCCCUGGAGUGGUUUUCUGUUUAUUUUUCAUAAUGAAUUUGGUUCUAUGGGCCAAAGAAAGUUCUGCUGCUAUACCAUUUUCUACAUUACUUGCUUUGUUAGUAUUAUGGUUUUGUGUAUCUGUCCCACUUACAUUUGUUGGAGCAUUAUUUGGUUUCCGUAAACGACCAAUUGAACAUCCUGUAAGAACAAAUCAAAUCCCACGUCAAAUUCCAGAACAAACUAUUUAUACACAACCAUUCCCAGGAAUUAUUAUGGGUGGAGUUUUACCAUUUGGCUGCAUAUUUAUUCAACUUUAUUUUAUUCUCAAUUCUUUAUGGUCCAACCAAAUGUAUUAUAUGUUUGGAUUUUUAUUCCUCGUAUUUAUUAUUCUCAUAAUAACAUGUUCAGAAACUACUGUUCUUCUGUGUUAUUUCCAUUUAUGUGCUGAAGAUUAUCAUUGGUGGUGGAGAAGUUUUUUGACCAGUGCUUUUACAUCAUUUUAUCUAUUUCUGUAUUGUGUGCAUUACUUCAAAACUAGACUAAAUAUUGAAGGUGUUGCUUCAACUUUCCUUUAUUUUGGAUACACAUUCAUAAUGGUGUUCUUAUUUUUCUUAAUGACUGGUACAAUUGGAUUUUUUGCCACAUUUUGGUUUGUUCGGAAAAUAUAUAGCGUCGUCAAAGUUGAUUAAUGUAAAACCUUUUUUUUCAUUUAGUCGGUAAUUUGAUUUUUAUUACGUAUAUAUUCAUUAUUAUUAUUUUAUUUUGUACCAUAAUACUAUAUUUGAAUUAUCAAAAAUGCCUUUUGUGUAAAUAAUAAAUAUAUUAAUCAUCAUAAUAUUAUAUAGUUUUAAAUAUUUAAGGUAUAUAAAAUAUUAAUAUGGUAGAGAAAUAUUAUAAAAAAUUUGAGUGUUUAUCCAUAUUAUUAUAGCAAUUACUUUUAUUGUAUAAUUUUCUUGGUAAAAUGCUCUUAUUGUUUUUGUUUUUGUCUUAUAUAAUUUGUAUUACUGCACGACUUUUAAUUUUAUUAUUAUUGCAGUAUAUUAAAUGCAUAAAAAAAACAUUAACUUAUAUAACACUUUUGUAAAUUAUAACUUUAACUUAACUUUAUUUUAUCGUCAUAUUCUUUAGAAAUGUAUUUAAAUGGACUAUUUGAUAUCAAAUUAUUAUGAAUUUAAAGUCUAUGCAUUAAUUAUAAUUUAUAUGUUAUAACAAACAUUUAAAUAUUGGUUAUUUCAUUUGAUUUAUCAAUUGAAAACUAAAAUAUUAACAUUAUAGUACUAUUCAUUUUAUUUAUCACCUAUUUAGACAGUGUAAUAGUUAUUAAAAAUUAUUUAGUUUGCUGUAACUUGAACUUUAAUUAUUAGCUUUUUAAUAUAAAGUUUAGUAUACUAUAAAUUAAAUGUUGAACAUAAUUUUCUCCUCUAGAAUAUUACAAUAAAACUAAAAACCAUUCAUUUGUGUAAAUUUUUAUAACUUAUAAGUUAUAAUUAAGAUUCAUGUUGCAUUAUAUAGAUUGGUGAUGUAUUAUUAAUAUAUAUUAAUAUAAUUAUCCUGUAUUUGAUUUUGUUUAUACUUAAUUUAAAUGAUUGUUUAAAAAUAGUAAUUACUUAAAAUUAUUAAUAUGUUUAGACUUGUAAAUACUAGUUAUCAUUAAAUAAAUCAAAUAUUAUA